AUGAUCAUGAUGGACAUAAGCAUGUACGGGCAUCAUAAUCAGCACAGUGCAUCGUAUAAUUCUUCAGAAACGAACUAUUACAACUAUAACAGUGACAACAAUCACCAAUUUUCCGGCAAUCAUUUCCAAUCCUAUCAUUAUGAGGAUUCUUCAUACGUCUACGGAACCACGGAAAACUCUAUGGAAACACCACCAAGUCCGCAAGACUUAAACUACUAUCAUCAACCCAUUCAGGAAAACCCCAUUAUCAAUACCGAUACAGGUCUCAGCUACACCAACUUGGAUUACGCCAACUCCAAUGCAAACCACCUGUAUCACCAUCAAAACAACUAUACCGAAUAUCCGCGCCAGGAUGUGCUCUUACGGGCCGACGAACCCGCCGACGGCCCCCAAGUGCAUCAUACCUAUAUCAACGAUCACAAAUAUCACAUAGACAAUGAUAUCCCUUAUCAUGCGUUAGGCCAAACCAGUGUUCCUUCGAGUUCGUGCAUGGAAUUUCAAUCGUUGCAUAGAUACAAAGAUGAGGUGAUGAAUAAUGGUGAUGGAAGGCUAAGAAAUCAUGCAAUACAUAAUAUGAAUUCCGCGCCGCAACAACCAGUAUUACCAACAUACAAAUGGAUGCAAGUUAAGAGGAACGUGCCCAAACCGUCGACUUCUAAAAUCCCUCCACCAACACUAAACGACUUUAGCACACCUAGUGGUACCAGCUUAGUAAAUUUAGAACAACAAAAUCCAGCUUCAAGAAACUCUUGUCUUGGUUCCAAUACUUCCAGUCUUCUAAGCCUCAAUUGCCUAAACACUGGAAGAACCAACUUUACAAACAAACAACUAACAGAGUUGGAGAAAGAGUUUCACUUCAACAAAUACUUGACGAGAGCGAGAAGGAUCGAAAUAGCUUCAGCUUUGCAGCUAAAUGAGACGCAGGUUAAAAUUUGGUUUCAAAAUAGAAGAAUGAAGCAGAAAAAACGUAUGAAGGAAGGACUUAUUCCACCGGAACCGAUUAUUAAUAAUACAGGAAGUAAUAGUAACUCUCCGAACACCACAAACUUGCUUACAGGAGAUUCGAUGGUUGGCAGCAAUGAAAACAGCCGAGAAUCUAACUAA